AUGGCGCCUGGUAGUGCAGUGAAGCAAUCCUCGCUCCUGGGCUUCUUUUCAAAGAGCCCAGCGCAGAAGCACGCGCCGCACGUCGCGACGCCGCCGCCGAGCUCACAGCCGACGCAAGCCUCCCCGUCGCCUUCGCCACACGCCCGGGAUGCAACGCCCACGUCGCUGACGCCGCCGCCGUCAAGCGAUGCGCCGGACGAGCCUGUGACAGAUGGAAGACGUCGUGCCGCGUCGCGCCGUGUCAGCUAUUACGAGGAGCGAUCCGAGGAUAGCAAGUCUUCCGACGACGAGCACGCGGAAAAAGACGCGUUUGUCGCGUCCGACGCCUCUUCGAGCGACGAGGACGCUGUGAGUGCCGUGGCCUCGGAGGACGAUGCAACGUCCGAGCCCGAGCCGGCGACGCCGCCGCCGCGCGCCGCAAAGCGCAAGGAGCUCUUGGCGCCGCCCACGCUGCCGCGCUCGCAAAGCCACUUGACCAAAGCCGAGCUGCGUGCGCAGGGAGAAAAGCGGCGUAGAAUCGAGAACGAAGAGGCGUACAGUUUCUUGCUCGAUGUCCGCGACAAGGAAGGCCAUCGUCCUGGCGAGCUUGACUAUGACAAGCGCACACUCUAUAUCCCCCCUGCCGUCUGGCAGACCUUUACGCCAUUUGAAAAGCAGUUUUGGGAGCUGAAGCAGCACCACUUUGACACGGUGCUCUUUUUCCAAAAAGGCAAGUUUUACGAGUUGUACGAGGACGAUGCGAUGAUUGGGCACCGCGAGCUCGAUCUCAAGCUUACGGACCGCGUGAAAAUGAAGAUGGUCGGCGUCCCGGAAGCGUCGUUCGACAUGUUUGCCACCAAGCUCCUUGCCCUUGGCUACAAAGUGGGCCGUGUCGACCAGAUGGAGACUGCCGUCGCUAAGGGCAUGCGUGUCGGCGAGAAAUCGCGCGGGGGCGGCUCGGAAAUUGUCCGGCGCGAGCUGCGCCACGUCGUGACGGGUGGCACGAUUGUCGACGGCGCGGCGCUGGACGAUCUAAGCAGCUACUGUGUAUGCAUUAAAGAGCACAGGCACUCGCAGGACGCGCCGCCCACGUUUGGCAUCGCGACGCUCGACGCUGCCACCGCCGAGUUCCGCUUGGUAUCGUUUGAGGACGACAUGGUGCUCACCCAGCUCGAAACACUGCUCCGCUCGCUGCGCAUCCGCGAAGUGCUGCACGAAAAGGGCAUCAUCUCCCCUGCAACACUGCGUCUGAUCCGCAACUUGAUACCUUCGACGUGCCAGAUCACCAUGCUGCGGCCCCACACCGAGUUUCUGGACGCCGACGCUGCGCAGCUGCGCCUCCAGACGCUCUUUCACGCCGACACGCCGGAAUCGCUGCCCGCCGCGCUGCAGCCGCUGCUUGGCGAGCGUUUGUCCAUGUCCGCGCUGGGCGGCAUGCUCUGGUACCUCGAGCAGCUCAAUCUCGACGUGGAUCUCUGCGCCAGCGCCAACUUUGCACGCCUUGCACCGCCCGGCAAGAAUGGUGUGCUGGUGCUCGAUGCAAAGUCGCUCAUGCACCUCAACGUCCUGCACAACGACGAGGGCACCGACACUGGCACGCUGCACCGCCUCCUGAACCGGUGCAUUACGCCGUAUGGCCGCCGGCUCUUUACUCUCUGGCUCGCCGCGCCGCUCACCGACAUUGACGCGAUCAAUGCACGACUUGACGCCGUAGACGAUGCUUUGCGUGUGCCGCAGUUUGAGGAGGCGUUUGCCGCGCUUGUGCGCGGCAUGCCCGACUUGGCGCGCUUGCAGACGCGCAUCGUGGCGGGCAAGUCGCGUCCGCGCGACUUUUUGAGCGUGCUGCAUGCCUACGCCAAAUUUUCUCCCGCCCGAGCCCAGCUCCUGGAGAUUGCCAGCGAGUUUUCGAAAGGCAUUCGCGCGCGCUUGGAGGAGAUGCCGGACGUGUCGGCGCUGGCCGCAGCACUCCGCGCAAACUUCCACGCAAAAGACGACGGGUCCUUUACGCCGCGCCCCUCCAAGUUUCCCGCAUUUGACGUUGCCGAAGAAGGCGUGCGCGAAGCAGAAGCCGCGCUUGAAAAAGAACGCGCGGCGUGCGUGGAGGCGCUCAGCAUCCCGUCGAGCCACGUCGCAUGGAAACACAUUGGCACCAACGAGAUUUACCAAAUCGAAGUGCCCGCCAAGACGCGCGUUCCUGCCGACUGGAUCGUGAUGAGCCAAACCAAGGCGAACAAGCGCUACUAUACGCCUCACGGCCGCGACCUUGUCCGUCACCUCAAAGAGGCGCGCGAACGCCGCUUGGCAGCGGUGCGUGCAUUCCAGGAUGAUAUCUACGUGCUCUACCGUGCAGACUACCCCAUGUUUGCGCGCGCUGUGCACCUGGUCGCUGAGAUCGACUGCCUCUUGAGCCUCGCCAAGAGUGCAGCCGCACUUGGACCGGCGGUGCGUCCCACGCUUCUGGACAAAGACACCGCUGCGUUUUGCUUCACCGCGCUGCGCCACCCAUGCAUACGCCCCAGCAUCGUGAGCGGCAGUGCGACGUUUAUCCCGAACGAUAUCGCGCUCGGUGGCGACAAGGAGGAAGUGAUGAUCCUCACAGGGGGAAAUAUGGCGGGAAAAAGCACCACGGCGCGCACCGCCGCCACUGCAGUGAUCCUCGCGCAGAUCGGGUGCUACGUGCCUGCAGAGCACGCCAGCCUCGUGCCGGUCGACCGUAUCGCGUCGCGCAUGGGCGCCAACGACCAGCUCUUUUGCAACAACAGCACAUUUAUGGUGGAAAUGCUGGAAGCCGCCAAGAUUAUGCGCGAGGCCACGCCGAAAUCUCUCGUGAUCAUCGACGAGCUGGGCCGUGGUACAUCGACGUUCGACGGGCAGGCAAUUGCGUAUGCUGUGCUGCACCAUAUCAUCGCGCGCACGCGCUGUCUUUGCUUCUUUAUGACGCACUACUCCAGCAUGGCCGCCACGUUGGAUGCCUAUCCACGCGUCUCGAACAAGCACAUGCAAGUGCUGGUCGACGAUGCGGCGCGCGAUGUCGUGUUUACCUACCAGUUAGUCGAGGGGAUCGCAGCGUCGUCGUAUGGCACACAAGUCGCGCGCAUUGCCGGCGUCCCAAGCGAGAUUUGCACCAAAGCCGCGCGCAUCUCGCAAGAUUUCUUCCACACUGCCGCGCAGGCACACGCACGCCGCGCGCACAGCCGCAUCCCCCUCGAAAGGCUCACCGAUUUUGCCUUCCUCGUCCGCCUCCAUGCGCAAUCCGCGCCCCCAGAAAUCCUCGCCGCGCAGCUGCGCAUCCUCUUCGCAGCUGCACGGACCUGUGUAGGAAAAGUCCCACGUGUAGGGGAGGAGGACGAACGGGCACAUCCAGCCCCGCCCUUGUCCGUACACGUACACACACACGAGCCUGCACGGCCGGACGUGCCCAUUGUGGACGUAUCCUCGCCGAAUGCAGAGAUAGAAAGGAAGCAUGGCACGUAUGAUUGGGAGUGUGCGGCGUGGUCUACGCACCCCCAGGACCCAGCGCGACAUGGAGCGCAUGCCGCAGAGGCGCCGUUGUCGGAGAGCGUUGCGCUCGAGCAUUCCGACUCGGUGCGCAGCCAGCGGAAUUGGAACGAGUUCAACGGGUUCGCCGUAUCGCCGCUUCCCAGCCCUUUGAUGCACCUGUCCGACGUUGAAGACGACAAAAAAUACGACAGCGCGCAGCACAAACACACGAAAACAAAUGCUUUUUUUUCACACGUAUCCGCGCCUACACCGACUCCGCCGCAGAACAAGGGCGUCUCGCGCAGUGCCAGCAGUCGCACGCCAGCGUCUGCAGUGGAUACAGUCCGCCAGCGCCACCGCGCGCUGAGUUCGCCGCAUCAACCGAGCAUCGAAACAUGCUCCGCACGCAACUGGCAGUCUGUGUUUGGGCUGCUUCCGCCCGAGCCCAAAAUCAGCCUGCCAACGACACGCCAUGUGCAUGGGCCGUCUAUAAAUGUCACCAACGACAGCAUCCUGCCGUUGCAUCAGAAUCAAAUGGGCGACGACGCUUUGCCGCUGCACCUCGACGAAAAGAACGAUGUGUUUGGCGACAAGCUGCUUCGCGCCGUCGACCAGCCCACCGAGGACGAACAAGAGGGGCGCGUCGGUCCAUACUCUGUACUGCAUCGACUCGGUACCGGCGCAUUCAGUAAGGUGCUGCUCGCCAAAGGGAAUGCGUCCGAACGCGUCGCGCUAAAGAUGAUUGCCUGCGAGCCGUGGAAAGUGGACAAUCGCAUGCGCGUGAGUUGGGUCCGGGAAGCAGAGGUGCUGAAACACGUUUCGCACCCCAACAUUGUACAAUUUGUCACCGCCUUCCGGACACCCGAACACUAUACCCUCGUCCUCGAUGCUGUACCUGGCGGCGAGCUUUUCGAUCUCAUUUCCACGCACGAGGCCGAUAUCGUGCAGCGCGAAUGGCUUGUGCGCCGCAUCUUUGGCGAGUUGACCGGUGCCGUGGGAUGGAUGCACCAGAACAAUUUGGUCCACCGCGACAUCAAGCUGGAAAACAUCAUGAUGACCAAGCGACUCUUCUCCGCUGGCAAUCUGCCGCUGGUCCCAGCGGCGUUGGGACCAGUGCCACUGAUAAAGGUGACAGACUUUGGCCUUGCACGCUUUGUCGGCCCUGAUCAACUGCUGGAGACCAGGUGCGGGAGCGAGGAAUAUGCCGCGCCGGAACUCAUUAUCGGAAAAAAGUACGAUGGGAGAAAGACGGACGUUUGGGCAUUGGGCGUUGUGCUGUAUGCACUUCUCACCGGCGGCUUGCCGUUCCUGGAAGACACCGUGAUUAACACUGUGGAUACGGCGCAAGAGGCGCCCAACAGAGAACAACAACACUGCGCAUCUAAGGUGCACGCAGAGCGCGAUGAGAAAGAUCGUAAAGCACAUUUGCUCCGCAUUGCCAAGGGCGAUUUGCGCUGGCCGCUGCCUAUGAACGACGCAUGCGAAAGCGGCCCAGGGGCGUACGGCCCGAAACUUCGGCUCAUCACGCCGCCUGCACGCUGCGUUGUUUCGCGCUUUCUCCGCAGAGAUCAGGCGAAACGCGCGCAGUGCUAUGAGUUAUGGAAAGAGAACUGGUUCCUAUACGGGAGCUUCGGCGCGGAAACGGCACCUAUUUCGCUCGACGACUCGACCAUGUUGUGCGUUGCAGAAGAAGAAAGUGCACAGAAGGAGAGAGUGCCGCUUCCUUACGAUCCCCAAAGCCAGGAGGGCAAAGCGUGGAUGCAGAAGUGCACAUCCACCCGCAGCGAAGCGGUGCCGCAGGCAGCAAAUCGCGACGUGUAG